AUGUCUCUGAAGGUACCGAAGGCGCAGAACAUCCAGCUCUUCAAGGAUGGAUACAAGCAAAUGUCUGGCCUGGAGGAUGCGGUAUUGCGCAACAUCCAGGCAGUAGCGGAACUCUCGGAUCUUGUCAGGACGAGCUUUGGUCCCAACGGGAGGAAUAAGCUUGUGAUCAACCAUCUGGGCAGGCUUUUCGUCACCUCCGAUGCUGCGACGAUCAUCCGUGAGAUCGAAGUCGUCCACCCGGCAGCAAAGCUGCUGGUCAUGGCAUCUCAAGCUCAGGAGUCUGAGAUGGGCGAUUCUACCAACACCGUCAUGAUCCUUGCCGGCGAGAUGCUCAAGAAAUCGGAGCAGCUCUUGAUCAUGGGUCUUCAUCCGAGUGAAGUCAUCAAGGGCUACGAGCUCGCAUCCGCAAAAGCUCUCGCAGAGCUCGACAACCUCUCAACAUCAUCCUUGCCCUCUCCUCUCACGCAGGCGUCUCUCGCCACCGCUCUUAAGCCCGCGAUCGCGUCAAAACAAUAUGGCUUCGAGGAUCAGCUUGCGGGGCUGGUUGCGGAAGCAUCGCUUGCCGUUAUGCCGCCAAAUCCGAAGAAUUUCAACGUCGACAACGUUCGGGUAGUGAAGAUCAUGGGUGGUAGUUUGUCGGGGAGCAAGGUUGUGCGGGGAAUGGUUUUCGGUCGCGAGCCUGACGGUGCCGUGAAGAAGGUGCAAAAAGGCAAAGUCGCCGUUUUCACGUGCGGUCUCGACAUCGCACAAACGGAAACGAAGGGCACCGUCCUGCUCAAGAGCGCCGAAGAGAUGCUGAACUUCACGCGCGGCGAGGAGCAGCAACUAGAAAAGAUAUUCCAAGAGAUCGCAGACUCAGGCGUGAAGGUGAUCAUCGCUGGCUCAUCCAUCGGCGACCUCGCGCUCCACUACCUCAACCGCAUGAACAUCGCCGUCCUUAAGGUGCUCUCCAAGUUUGACCUCCGCCGCCUCUGCCGAGUGAUCAACGCCACGCCGCUCGCGCGCAUGGGCGCGCCGACCGCGGAGGAGGCCGGCCAUGUCGACGUCUUCGAGUGCAUCGAGAUCGGCGGCGACCGGGUCACCGUCCUCCGUCAGAUCGUCGAGGGCGACCCGGACUACGUCCCCGGCGCGGGUCCGACCGAGAAAACGCGCACGGCGACCAUCGUCCUCCGUGGGGCGACGAUGAACCGGCUCGACGACCUCGAGCGCGCGGUCGACGACGGCGUGAACGUCAUCAAAGCGCUCAUCAAGGACCCGCGGCUCGUGCCUGGCGCGGGCGCGACGGAGCUCGAGCUCGCGAAGCGCGUCGAGGCGUACGGAGGCGGGCUCAAGGGCCUCAGCCAGCACGGGGUCAAGCGGUUCGCGCAGGCGCUCGAGGUCGUGCCGAGAACGCUUGCGGAGAACGCGCUCGGCGGGGCGGAGGGCAAUGAGGUCGUGAGCCGGCUGUGGGCGAAGCACGCCGAGGCGGACGGCGCGGCGUGGGGUGUUGAUGUCGAGGCCGAGACGGACGGGACGCUGUCCGCAACGAAGCACGAGAUCUUGGACUCGCUCGCCGCGAAGCAGUGGGCGAUCAAGCUCGCGACGGAGGCGGCGAUGUCGGUGCUCAGCGUGGACAGCAUCAUCAUGAGCAGACCGGCGGGCGGACCCAAAAUACCGCAGCAAGCGGGCAACUGGGACGAGGACUAG